AUGGCGACAACCAACGGUUCCGGCCCUGCUGCCAAUGGCAACGGCGCAGUCAACGGCAACAGAACCGUGCCCCAAGCCAAUGGCAAGGCGUCCUACGCUGAGAAGCACCGGAUCGCCGACCACUUCAUUGGUGGCAACAAGAUCCAGAAUGCCGCCUCUUCCGAGGUGAAGGACUUUGUCGUCGCCCACGACGGUCACACAGUCAUCACCAACGUCCUGAUUGCCAACAACGGUAUCGCUGCCGUCAAGGAGAUCCGAUCGGUGCGAAAAUGGGCAUACGAGACCUUUGGCAACGAGAAGGCCAUCAAGUUCACGGUCAUGGCCACCCCCGAAGAUUUGGCAGCCAAUGCCGACUACAUCAGAAUGGCAGACCACUAUGUCGAAGUACCUGGCGGCACGAAUAACAACAACUACGCCAACGUAGAGCUGAUUGUGGAUAUUGCCGAGCGGAUGGACGUACACGCCGUCUGGGCAGGAUGGGGCCACGCCUCGGAAAACCCAAAGCUUCCCGAGUCCCUCGCUGCUUCCCCAAAGAAGAUUGUCUUCAUCGGACCUCCCGGCUCCGCCAUGCGUUCGCUUGGUGACAAGAUCUCUUCCACAAUCGUCGCACAACACGCAAAAGUGCCCUGUAUUCCCUGGUCCGGAACUGGUGUCGACAAGGUAGAAGUUGACAGCAACGGCAUCGUGACCGUCGAGGAUGACGUCUACCUCAAGGGCUGCGUCAACUCUUGGGAGGAAGGUCUGGAAAAGGCCAAAGAGAUCGGCUUUCCGAUCAUGAUCAAGGCUUCGGAAGGCGGUGGCGGUAAGGGUAUCCGUAAGGCCAUGUCGGAAGACGGCUUCGAGCAGUUGUACAAGGCAGCUGCUAGCGAGAUUCCUGGUUCCCCCAUCUUCAUCAUGAAGCUUGCUGGAAACGCGAGACACUUGGAGGUGCAGCUGCUUGCUGAUCAGUAUGGCAACAACAUCUCCCUCUUUGGCAGAGAUUGCUCUGUUCAGCGAAGACACCAGAAGAUCAUCGAGGAGGCCCCAGUCACAAUCGCAAAGCCUCCUACCUUCAAGGGGAUGGAGCAGGCUGCUGUACGUCUGGGUAAGCUUGUCGGCUACGUUUCGGCCGGCACUGUCGAGUACCUGUACUCGCACGCCGAUGACCAGUUCUACUUCCUCGAGUUGAACCCUCGUCUGCAAGUCGAGCAUCCUACCACGGAAAUGGUCAGCGGUGUCAACUUGCCCGUGGCUCAGCUUCAAAUUGCCAUGGGUAUCCCUCUGCACAGAAUCCGGGACAUCCGUCUGCUGUACGGUGUUGAUCCCAAGACGGCUACUGAGAUCGACUUCGACUUUAGCACCCCACAGAGCGAGAAGACCCAACGCAGGCCCCUCCCCAAGGGUCACUGCACGGCUUGCCGUAUCACCUCGGAGGAUCCCGGUGAGGGUUUCAAGCCUUCCAACGGUGUUCUGAGGGAUCUCAACUUCAGAUCAAGCGCCAACGUUUGGGGUUACUUCUCUGUCAGUACAGCAUCUAGUAUCCACAGUUUCUCCGAUUCCCAAUUCGGUCACAUUUUCGCCUACGGAGAGAACAGGGCUGCCUCGCGGAAACACAUGGUUGUAGCAUUGAAGGAGCUCAGCAUUCGUGGUGACUUCAAGACCACCGUCGAGUACCUGAUCAAGCUGCUCGAGACCGAGGCCUUCGAGGACAACACCAUCACCACUGGCUGGCUUGACGAGCUCAUUUCCACUAAGCUGACUGCCGAGCGUCCCGAUCCUAUGCUUGCCGUCAUCUGUGGUGCCGUUACCAAGGCCCACGUUGCAAGCGAGGAUUGCAUCAACGAGUAUAACUCGGGUCUGUUGAGAGGACAGGUGCCCUCAAAGGAUAUUCUCAAGACCGUAUUUGGCAUUGACUUCAUUUAUGAGGGCUCGCGUUACAAAUUCACCGCUACCCGUGCCAGCUUCGACAGUUACCAUCUCUUCAUCAACGGCUCUCGAUGCUCAAUCGGUGUCCGUGCCUUGAGUGACGGUGGCCUGCUGGUUUUGGUUGAUGGCCGCAGUCACAGUGUCUACUGGAAGGAGGAAGUUGGUGCAACCCGCGUCUCUGUGGACGGCAAGACCGCCUUGCUUGAGCAGGAGAACGACCCUACUCAACUCCGAACUCCCAGUCCUGGUAAGCUCGUCAAGUACAACGUGGAGAACGGCGAGCACGUCAAGGCUGGCCAAACCUACGCUGAAGUCGAGGUCAUGAAGAUGUUUAUGCCUCUUGUCGCUCAAGAGGAUGGUAUUGUUCAGCUCAUCAAGCAGCCUGGUAUCACCAUUGAGGCUGGCGACAUCCUCGGUAUACUGGCACUGGAUGACCCGACCCGUGUCAAGCAGGCCACUCCUUUCCUUGGCCGCAUGCCUGAUCUUGGUCCGCCCCAGGUCAUCGGAAACAAGCCUGCCCAGCGAUUCAACACACUGUACAACACACUGACCAACAUUCUCGAUGGUUUCGAUAACUCCGCUAUCAUGAAGGAGACUCUGGACGAGACGAUCAAGGUCCUGCGCAACCCCGAGCUUCCCUUUAGCGAGUGGAACACCCAGCACUCUGCCCUGCACUCUCGUAUGCCUGGCAAGCUGGAUACUCUUCUCACCCAGGUCAUCGAGAAGGCCAAGUCUCGAAAUGCUGAGUUCCCCGCCAAGGCCCUUUCCAAGACACUUGCCCGGUUCCUGGAUGAGAACGUGCCCGCCGGCGAUGCCGAGCUUCUGAGAACUGGCUUGGCCCCUCUAACCGACGUCCUAGACAGCUACGCCGAAGGCCAAAAGUCGCGUGAACUCAAGGCUAUUGCGUCCCUGCUUGACAUCUACUACAACGUCGAACACCUUUUCUCUGGCCACCGGUCUCAAGAUGAGGAUGUUGUCCUGAAGCUCCGUGACGAAAACAAGGAGGACUUCAUGAAGGUCAUUCAGACUGUGCUUUCUCACAGCCGUGUUGGCUCCAAGAGUAACCUCAUUGUGGCCAUCCUCGACAAGUACCGACCCAACCAACCCAAUGUUGGAAACAUCAACAAGCACUUGCGGCCUUCGCUGCGUCACCUCACCGAGCUAGAGUCUCGCCAGACUGCAAAGGUCUCCGUCAAGGCCCGUGAGAUCCUUAUCCAGUGCUCUCUUCCUUCUAUCGAGGAACGUACUGAGCAGAUGGCGCAUAUUCUCAAGUCGUCGGUCAUUGAGAACAAGUAUGGCGAGUCAGGCUGGGAACACCGAGAGCCCAACCUCGAGGUCAUUCGCGAGGUUGUUGACUCCAAGUACACUGUCUUUGAUGUCCUCAGCAAGUUCUUUGCGAAUGAAGAUCCUUGGGUUUCCCUGGCUGCUUUGGAGGUCUAUGUCCGCCGCGCUUACCGUGCAUAUACCCUCAAGGAAGUGCAGUACCAAGCCGAUGAGGCCGAUGCUCCUUCUUUCUUGACCUGGGACUUUGCUUUCAAGAAGGUCGGCCAACCUGAGCUUGGUGUAGCUGCAAAUGGAGCCUAUACUUCGGUGCCUCAAACCCCUACCCAAGAAUACAGCUUCAAGCGCAUCAGCUCUAUCAGCGAUAUGUCCUACCUUGACAAGCACAUCGCCGAGGAGCCUACUCGCAAGGGUGUCAUUGCCUCGUGCAAAUACAUCGACGAUGCUGAGGAGUACCUCCAGAAGGUGCUCGAGUCACUUCCCAAGAAGAAGACUACCGGCAAAUCCAUCCCGGAUCUAAGCGGCAAGCGAAAGCCAAUUCGUUCUGAGACCCUUGACGAGCUGUCCAACGUUGUGAACAUUGCUGUCGCUGAUGCUGAGUCCACCGAUGAUGCUGACAUUCUCCCUCGUAUUCGUUCCAUUGUCGAGGCUAGCAAGGAAGAGCUUCUGGCUCGCCGCGUACGCCGCGUCACGUUCAUCUGCGGCCACGAUGACGGUUCCUACCCAGGUCAUUACACUUUCCGAGGUCCUGACUACCAAGAAGAUGACACCAUUCGUCACAACGAACCUGCCCUUGCAUACCAACUCGAGAUGGGUCGUCUCUCGAAAUUCAAGCUCUCCCCUGUCUUCACGGACAACAAGAACAUCCACAUUUACGAGGCCGUUGGCAAGGGUGUCGAGACUGACAAGCGAUACUUCACUCGUGCCGUCAUCCGACCUGGCCGUCUUCGUGAUGAGAUCCCUACCGCCGAGUACCUGAUAUCUGAGGCUGACCGUGUCAUUAACGACAUCUUUGACGCUCUCGAGAUUAUUGGCAACAACAACUCCGAUCUCAACCACAUGUUCAUCAAUUUCACCCCCGUCUUCCAGCUUCAGCCCGAGGAAGUCGAGCACUCGCUGCAGGGCUUCCUGGACCGAUUUGGACCUCGUGGCUGGCGUCUACGUGUAGCCCAGGUCGAAAUUCGUAUCGUCUGCACUGACCCGGCAACUGGUAUGCCAUACCCUCUCCGUGUCAUCAUUACCAACACCUCCGGAUACGUCAUUCAGGUCGAGAUCUAUGCCGAGCGCAAGUCGGAGAAGGGUGAGAUGGUCUUCCACUCCAUUGGCGGUACAACCAAGAUUGGUGCCAUGCACUUGUUGCCCAUCACUACUCCUUACCCCACCAAGAAUGCUCUGCAGCCCAAGCGUUAUAAGGCUCACUUGAUGGGAACUCAGUACGUCUACGAUUUCCCUGAGCUUUUUCGUCAGGCCAUUCAGAACAGCUGGGCCAAGACUGUCAAGGCUCAGCCUGCCCUCGCCUCUCAACAGCCUGCUCAGGGUGAGUGCAUUGACUACAUGGAGUUGGUCCUUGAUGACUCGGACAAGCUUGCUGAGGUAGCACGUGAGCCUGGCACAAACACUUGUGGUAUGGUCGGUUGGAUGAUUAAGGCCCGCACUCCCGAGUACCCCCGUGGCCGUAAGUUCAUCAUCGUUGCCAACGACAUUACCUACAAGAUUGGUUCCUUCGGACCUAAGGAGGACCACUUCUUCAACAAGUGUACUGAGCUUGCCCGUGCUCUCGGUAUUCCUCGCAUCUACCUGUCAGCCAACUCUGGUGCCCGUCUCGGUAUAGCUGAGGAGCUCAUCCCUCACUUCAAGGUUGCAUGGAACGACCCUGCUAAGCAGGAGGCCGGCUUCAAGUAUCUGUACCUUGACGAGGAGGGCAAGAAGCGAUUCGAGGACGGUCCCACCCGUUCCGUGAUCACUGAGGAGAUUACGGAGGAAGGUGAGAAGCGACACAAGCUUGCUGCCGUCAUUGGUGCUGAGGAUGGUCUUGGCGUUGAGUCUCUGCGUGGCUCCGGACUCAUUGCCGGUGCUACCAGCCGGGCCUACAACGACAUCUUUACUGUCACUCUCGUUACCUGCAGAUCCAUUGGUAUUGGUGCUUACCUUGUCCGUCUCGGCCAGCGUGCCGUCCAAAUUGAGGGUCAGCCUAUCAUUCUCACUGGUGCUGGAGCUCUCAACAACCUGCUGGGUCGUGAGGUCUACACUUCCAAUUUGCAGCUUGGUGGUACCCAGAUCAUGUAUCGAAAUGGUGUAUCGCACAUGACUGCCAACGAUGAUUUCGCUGGUGUCUCCAAGAUAGUCGAUUGGUUGUCUUUCGUCCCUGCUCAGCGCAACCUGCCUGUUCCCAUCACUCCUAGCGUUGACACCUGGGACCGUGAAUGCAUCUUCACACCCCCUGGCAAGGCUCCUUACGAUGUCAGGUGGCUCAUUGGCGGUAAGCAGGACGAGGAAGGCUUCCAGCCUGGUCUCUUUGACAAGGACUCUUUCAUCGAGUCUCUUGGUGGCUGGGCUCGUACUGUUGUUGUCGGUCGUGCCCGUCUCGGAGGUAUCCCCAUGGGUGUUAUCGCUGUCGAGACCCGAACCGUCGAGAACAUCACCCCUGCUGACCCUGCCAAUCCCGAUUCCGUCGAGCAGGUCGCUCAAGAAGCAGGUGGCGUUUGGUACCCCAACUCUGCCUUCAAGACUGCUCAGGCCAUCAACGACUUCAAUCAUGGUGAACAGCUGCCUCUCAUGAUCCUUGCCAACUGGAGAGGUUUCUCUGGUGGUCAGCGUGACAUGUACAAUGAGGUCCUGAAGUACGGUUCGUACAUUGUUGAUGCCCUCGUCAAGUACGAGCAGCCCAUCUUCGUCUACAUUCCACCUUUCGGUGAGCUUCGUGGUGGAUCUUGGGUCGUCGUUGACCCCACUAUCAACCCAACUGCCAUGGAGAUGUACGCCGAUGUUGAGUCUCGUGCCGGUGUCCUUGAGCCUGAGGGCAUCAUCGGUAUCAAGUACCGCAAGGAGAAGCAACUUGACACCAUGGCACGCAUGGAUCCUACCUACGCAGCUCUACGCAAACAAGCUGCUGAGGCCAACCUCAGCAAGCAGGAGCUUGAGGAGGUCAAGGCUAAGAUGGUCACCCGUGAGAAGCAACUCUUGCCCAUCUACGCCCAGAUCAGCAUCCAGUUUGCUGACCUGCACGACCGUGCCGGCCGCAUGAAGGCGAAGGGUGUCAUUCGCCAGGAGAUCGAGUGGAAGUCUGCUCGUCGCUUCUUCUACUGGCGUGUGCGCAGAAGACUCAACGAGGAGUACAUCCUCAAGCGCAUGGCUGCUGCCUCGGCUACCCUCAAGACCCAGCACGCGAGCGGAUCCGCAGCGGCCACCCAGGAGCGCCACAGACACAAGGAUAUGCUCGCUGCCUGGACCGGUAUUGCCGAGUUCGACCAAAGCGACAAGGAGGUUGCUACCUGGUACGAGAAGAACGCCGAAACUGUCACUACCAAGGUCAAGCAGCUCAAGAGCGAGGCCUCUGCCGGCGAGUUGGCUGACUUGUUCCGUGGCGACAAGCCUGCUGCCCUUAAGAGCCUGAAGGAGAUUCUGCACACCAUGCCGGUGGCAGAGCGCGAGGAGAUCCUGAAGUACCUCAAGUAG